AUGUCAGAAUAUAUCGAGCUGCGACCAACAUCAUCUUCAAAAAAAGAAAUGUUUACAAUGGAGGAUUUGCGAUUGUAUCUUUAUGGAAGGAAAGAUGUUCAGCUCAUUGAUACGACAAAACUAAAGAAGGAAGGAAUCAAGCAUCUCGAGAUAGACAAACAACCAAAAGAAAAUUUUUGGUGCGAUAUAUGCAACGAACGUCCUGAAGAAUGCCCCAUGCAUGCACCGUUACACUCACUGCGCAAACUCGUCAGCCGAAGUCAUACGGAUUCGACAACUACAAUUGACUACAGCUCCAUUUUAAAGUUCCCGGAUGAGGUCGGUCUGUGCACAUCAAGCAUUCCUGGAAUUGAGUAUGGUGUCUGUGCAAAGAUCGAGAUAAUUUCUGGAACAUGGAUAGGUCCAUACGAAGGAAGACUUGUACGACCAGAAGAAAUCAAAGAUGAAAUCGAUACAGAGUAUAUGUGGGAGAUAUUUCACGAUGGGCAAGUAAGUCACUAUCUUGAUGCACGUGAUCAUUCCAACUCGAGCUGGAUGCGCUUCAUACGCUGUGCACGUGAUAGUUAUGAGCAGAACAUGGUGAUAUUUCAAUAUCAUGGGUGUAUCUACUACAGAACCAUAAAAGACGUAAGAAUUGGAGAAGAACUUCUUGUCUGGUAUGACAGUAAAUAUUCCAUGAUAUUUGGGAUACCAGUGGCAUUAAAUGAAACCGGAAGUAAAGGAGUAAAUCCACCAAAGGGAAUUGUGACACACGAUAGAAGUUACCACAAACGCCGCCAUUCUGACCAUGGUAGUUGUCAUAUGACCAAAAGAAAAUGGACAAACACCGAAAACAAUAUGUAUAGUACACAGAUGGAUAAAGGAGGUAUCGGAGUGAACAUGGUACACACAGGUGAACACAGAAAUAGAGAAGGUAGCGAAGAGAAUAUACACGAAACACAAAUUGUUAAUUCCUUAAAUGAAAAAAGUAAAGCUACGAGUUCAAUGAAGAAUGAAGUUUGCAGUACAUUGGUGAAAGAAGAAUUACCUACAACUACAUCGGAAGAAACACCAAGCUUAGCAUUUAAAUAUAGAAAUUCAAUGUAUCACAGGGGACGUUGGUAUUCAUUGCCAUCAAAAGAAGGAUUGUAUAAAGGAUAUAAAUACUGUCCAAAAAGCAUCAAAGGUUACAAAAAUCACCAAGAACUUUCAUUAAAUGUCUGUAGCAAACACAAGCAAUCAUUUGGUACACAAUGUGAUCAAGAAUGUAAAACUCUGUAUGAACUUAGCAAUCAUAAGGAAGAAGAUGCAAGGGAAGGACAGUAUAAAUGUAAGCAAUGUUGCAUGACCUUCAGAAGUAAUGUAGCUCUUUGCUUACAUACACGUAUACAUGGUCAUCAUGUGUCAUCAACAUUAAUGAUAACACAUAACAAUGAUAAAAAUGUAUAAAUAAUGCCAGGCUGUGGGUAAUACGUAUGUAUGUAUGGGAUUUUAAUGUACUGCUCUACUUGUGGUAAAGGACUUAGAAAUGAAUGCUUGUCUUAUGUAUGAUGUAAAUAAUAAACUUAACUCACAAUUUAUGGUUGGUCUUGACGAGAAUAUACCACACGUCCUUUCUUGAUAACAUGUUUAAUCACAUGAUCAUGACCAGCCAAUUGAUAUAUUAGAUGUUCCCAUCUUCAAAGUAAAUUUUCAAAGUUUA